AUGUCUCUCGUCAGUGGAGAGAAGUCGAACUUCCAGUUCAUUCUGCGUCUCCUCAAUACCAACGUCGAUGGCAAGCAAAAGAUCAUGUACGCCCUGACCCGGAUCAAGGGUGUAGGUCGACGAUACUCCAACUUGGUUUGCAAGAAGGCCGAUGUUGACCUAAACAAGCGAGCUGGUGAAAUUACAUCCGAAGAACUGGAGCGCAUCGUCACGAUCAUUCAAAACCCGACACAGUACAAGAUUCCAUCGUGGUUCCUCAACAGACAACGAGAUAUCGUUGAUGGCAAGGACUCUCAGGUUUUGGCCAACGCUAUGGAGAGCAAGCUUCGUGAGGAUUUGGAAAGACUGAAGAAGAUCCGAGCUCAUCGGGGUCUGCGACACUACUGGGGUCUGAGAGUUCGAGGUCAACACUCGAAGACCACUGGCCGAAGAGGAAGAACUGUCGGUGUCAGCAAGAAGAAGGGUUAA